AUGACAUCAAAUAAGGGUUCUGGACCAAACCCUACCAAUGAGCCGAUGGGCCUUAAUGCUCCAGAAACAACCCAAGUUACGUCCGGGCUAGAACUAUUGCCGGUCGAACUUCAGCGCGCGAUCUUGGAACGUGUUCCAAGACGGGAUGUGCUCAAUGCGGCCAGGGUCAAAGCCAUGUCUUAUGCGGCUCGUCUAAUUCUUUAUACUACGGUUUCCCUCCGGCUAGCUCAACAUGAGAGUUUUAUCGAGGACAUAAACCGGUUUGUUUCCGCGGGCCGGCAGAAUAUGGCUUUGGUUCAAAACCUUUCAAUCCUGAAUUGGAAGAAGCGAAGGGCCGUAGGCAGUGGACAUCCUUACCGUUUCUACCGCAAUGGUGAGUGGAGGCGGCGAAAUCUGUUUACUCAGAAUUCCAACCACUUCAAUGAGACGAUGCGAGGUUUGUUUGCCAGCAUUUCCAAUCUACGAACUGUCCGCUGGUUUCAUUUAUUUAAAAUGAACUAUGAAACUUUUGCCUCCCUUUUUGCGAUGCAUGUCGACACAUUGAUGGGAAUCGAAACAUAUGCGCUUACGGGCGACGAAGUCCCAAUUCUUCCCGGGAGUCAUAGUUUGGAUCGAUUUCCCAGGUUAAGAAUAGCACUAUAUGCCCCUCAGGCAUCUGGUUGGGAUAAUACCCUGAACCCAUCAAUGAUAACAUUGCUUGCCUGUUUAACUCGGCGUCUUAAUCAUCUCGUGCUUGGGGAUGAAGGGCUUGUUAUCAGUGUAGAUAGAAACACAGCGAUCGCUCCAAGUCCGCCCCGUUCACAGGCAUCGAUAUAUCAUGUUUUGCUCCCACUAGCUAGAAUGCCGGCCGUAUUUGACAAUUUUUCCAAAUUGGAUAUCAUUGGCAUGGAUAUCACUUCGCCGCCUAACCAGCUAGCCCCAUUGCUCCCUGUUUUUGACUUGUACAACCUGAACAGACUCAGCUUGGUUUCCUGCGUCGGCACAGAAGGUUUUUUGAAAGCAUUGUCAAGGCCUGAGCCCCAGAUGAUGUUUCCAUAUGUGGCUUCUCGGAUGCGGUUGAAGGAGUUUUGUAUCCGUUAUGAAGGUCCCACACUAGAGCUGAAGGUCGCCUUACAACAGUUUCUAACUUCAUUCACUGGCCUAGAGCUGUUAUCUGUACUCCUUGACGAUGAGCCAGAACGUGAGAUGAUGGAUUACACCGGAAUUAUUUUGGCGCAUGGACCGACUUUAAAGGUCCUUGUUUGGGAUAUUCGGAAAUGUAAUCGACACCAGCGUCCCUUCUGUUUAGAAAAUCCUGUUAGAGGCAGGCCUGCUUUCCUUGAGCUCUUGAGUGAGACCUGCCCGAAUCUCGAAGAACUCGGCGUCGUUCUCAACAUGCGACUACUUUACCAACGAGGUCAGGACAUCGACAGAAUCAGCUCGCAUCGUCCUUUUGCAAUGGUACGACUACCGCGUCUUAAAACACUUCAUUGCCGCGAAUUCUUUAUCCAGAAGGGUCGCUUAUUGUCUACAGCCCAUGUCCUCAACGCAACCAAGGCCAUCGCAACAUCAUUUCUCGACAGGGCAUAUUACUCCCACAACGGCUCAUCACCACUGGAGCUAUUGGCAGUUGGUCCGUUAAAUUUUCAUGAUCGUUGGAUUCAGAACCAUUUUUCUCAGGAUUACACCGCAACACCUGGCGCCGGCCCAGUGUUUUAUGACAUCAGUACAUGUCCGGAUAACUUAAUGGGUCUCGCGCACCGGUUGAACCCGCUGUUGAGAGUGAGGCAGCCCGAUCUAAACAUUGAAUUAGAUGAUGUUGAAAUGAUUCGGCAAGAUUACAAGCACACCCGUGUCUUUGACUCUUAUUGGGUGAGAUAG